UAGACAAUGAGGGCACUUCGCAUAGCCUUCUUACUGAUCACUGUUAAUGUGGUCGCCCAUGAAGCAAAUAAAACUUUACCAGCAUUACCGGAACCUAAAAACUUCAAAUUUGAAGACCAACCUUCACAAUCCUACGGUCUCGUAAGAUUUGAAGGCCAAGACCAAGAGUUUGAUGGCAGUCAGAAUACAAUCGAUGAGCAAAGGAUUAAAUUUGAAACUGAUAACCAAGACAAUAGGUUUCAACAAUAUGAUAUCCAGAACAUUGAGGGUCAGCAAUAUGAUAACCAGAACAUUGAGGGACAGAAGAUUAAAUUUGAAGAUAAAAGAAAUCAAAGACCUAAUCAACAAAAGAAGAAACGUAGAAGAAGACCAAAGAGGUUGCCAAAUGGAGCUCAAGGUUUUAGAUAUCCGGCCCAGCAGUAUCCUGGAUCACCUGUUUAUUCUGGAGUGCCUAUAUAUCCUGGUCCCCCUGUAUUUGGUCCUUUACCAAUUUAUCCGGGACAGAGACCUUAUCAACCUUAUACACUUUAUAAGCCUCGUCCUUCUGCCACGUCAGCGGCCCUCUCAGCCGUGACAGAAGCCCUAACUUCCUUAGCACUGUAUGAUGAUGCUCAGUGCGUACCCAGACUGCUCUGUGAGGCGGCCGGAGGUGGAACUAUCCCUGGAUCUGGGAUACUGCAGUCUGUUGCUGGGUUACAACCAUUGCUUACCUUACUCUCGGCCUACAACGGCAUCAGCUCCUCCCCUCUCUUCGUGUUCGGCCGAGCCGUCUUUUUGGGCAUGACUUCCAAGGCUAAUCCUGGGACCUGUCGCUACGCCUACCCUCAAUGCCCCAACGAUCCUGAGCAGCUAGUACACUAUUUGAACAACCAUAACGGAGGCUUCUUCAGGUUCUUUGCAGCCCCACAACUGAACGAACAGCAGGGGCUAGAGCAGUUCUACAACCAGCUAUCAGGGCAGAAUUAUGGGUUGUAUCAUCCACAACAACCGUCACAACCUAACCAGUACCAAGACCAGAAUUCGCAGCAAGGAUACGGUCUGCAGCAGCAGAAUCAGUAUAUAUACGACCAACAGUUCGGUCAAUAUCAUCAUCAAUAUGUGAAUCAGCAACAUCAGAAUCCUAAUCUCCAAGAUUAUGGUCUCCAUCAACAAUUUCAUCAGAAUUAUCAAAGACCAAAUCCAUAUGGCAAUGGAUAUGGAUUAAAUAGCCAGAAUUCUCCUUACCAAAAAAAUCUUAAUCAAAGCAGUAUUGAAAACAGGAUUCAAAAGAGAAUACAAAAUGUACGAAAUACGGUAUUUGUCAACGUCAGUUCUAAACCAAAAUGGUCUUUUCCAGAAUCUGCAUCAAACAGGGAUGUUUACAGUAACGUAAGGCUAGGUAAAGUUAUAAAUUUUCCUCAAAAUGUGAACUCUAUCAUCGCAGGUAAAGAUUUCGUUUUCCCUGGCAUUCAAAGUAAUAGAGAAUAUCUGAUUGAUAGUAUUGAGGCAUUUGAGAAUAAUUUUGAACAAAAGGGGGUUGAUGGUUUUAAGUUUUUUAAUCAGAACAAUGAUGGAACAUUUAAAGAUGGUAGGGAUGAUAUCAAUAAUGAUGACGUUAGAGUUUUGUAUGUAGUCAGAGGUAACGGAGAUCCGAAUCAUCCGGAAAUUGUGCGGCUGUCUCCCGGUCAAGCUUUGUAAUAUGUUUUUCAUAAAACAACAAGGGGCCUAGUUUUCCUGUCCUGUUUGAAAUGCCAGGCAAAAUAAAGGAAUGAAAAUGAUUAUAACAGUGCAAGUUUAGAAUCAUAGAAACAUUUGUGCCAUUUUCAACCAAAAGGGUACUUAUUGUCGCUUGUCAGUAAGGCGCUAUUUCCAUAUAGCUUCAAUUAGCAAUCAACCUUAUCAACAAGCGACAAUGUGGUACCUUUUGGUUGAAAACGUCACAUUUAUUCCAUGUAAAGGUGUUACAAUGUAAUCGAUUAAGUCUGGUUUUAAUGAAAAAUGAAAAAAAAAUAAUGACUGUUUAA